AACAAAUACCUAAGUAUGUAUCUCUAGUGAGCAUUGAAAAAACUAUCACUACAAAUAUAACCAAAACCCAAAACCAUAAUGUCGCACAUACUCGCAUCAAAACUCGAUUGCCAAUGUGGUGGAAAAAGCAGUCCCAUCGACUCGGUUAUAGCACCGAUUACUCAGGAACUGAGAUGCAUGCAAAAGGUUCUCAGAAAGGUGAGGCGUAUACAGAUGAUAGAACUUAUCCGAAGGGAAACUGAGAUGUAUGAUGCUGAGUUGAGGGCUCUGAACCUCUCCAUUUGGCAUGAAGAUGGUCAUCGGUUCUGCAAAUGACCUCUAAGGAAAGCACCUCAGUUCCUGAUUUCCAAUAUUCAGUUAGCACUUUUCUCUUGCCGAAAAGUUUACCUUCUUCGAAAGAAGUUAUAUUUCCCAAGUUUAGUUAGCAUCACUUUAAAAUUAAGAUUCAUAUACAUUUCCUU